GGAGACCGGACUGUGUAUUGCUGCGAAAACUCGCGAGGGUUGGAGGAGGGAGUAAGGCAGGAGGAUAAUACAAGAACAAGGCUGUCAAUCACAGAGCAUCCCCCUCUUCUCCGGAGAUCAGGAAAGUGAUAGAGACACACUGUACAGAGCCACGUUAUCUGAGUCUAUCAGCCUCCAACGAAAAGACUGAGCGUCUGAAUUAUGGCUACCAUCACCUGCACUCGUUUCACUGAGGAAUACCAGCUUUUUGAAGAACUUGGCAAGGGUGCCUUUUCAGUGGUGAGGCGUUGUGUGAAGGUGUUGUCUGGACAGGAGUAUGCUGCUAAGAUCAUCAAUACCAAAAAGCUCUCUGCUAGGGACCACCAGAAGCUGGAAAGAGAAGCUCGUAUCUGCAGGCUUUUGAAGCACCCAAAUAUUGUGAGACUUCAUGACAGUAUCUCUGAAGAGGGACACCACUAUCUUGUCUUUGAUUUAGUAACAGGAGGAGAGCUCUUUGAAGACAUUGUUGCAAGAGAAUACUAUAGUGAGGCUGAUGCUAGCCACUGUAUCCAGCAAAUUCUGGAAGCUGUUUUACACUGCCAUCAGAUGGGAGUUGUCCACAGAGACCUCAAGCCUGAAAACUUGCUUUUGGCUUCCAAGUCAAAAGGGGCAGCAGUGAAGCUGGCGGACUUUGGUCUGGCAAUCGAAGUAGAAGGCGAUCAGCAAGCUUGGUUUGGUUUUGCUGGCACUCCUGGAUAUCUUUCUCCAGAGGUACUUAGAAAAGACCCCUAUGGAAAAGCAGUGGAUCUGUGGGCUUGUGGUGUUAUCUUAUACAUCCUGCUGGUGGGUUACCCGCCCUUUUGGGAUGAGGAUCAACACAGACUGUAUCAGCAGAUCAAGGCUGGAGCCUAUGAUUUCCCCUCUCCAGAGUGGGACACUGUAACUCCUGAAGCGAAAGACCUCAUUAACAAGAUGUUAACCAUUAACCCUGCCAAGCGUAUUACUGCAGCAGAGGCCCUCAAGCACCCAUGGAUCUCGCAUCGUUCCACAGUGGCCUCCUGCAUGCACAGACAGGAAACCGUGGACUGCCUGAAGAAAUUCAAUGCCCGGAGGAAGCUGAAGGGUGCUAUUCUUACGACUAUGCUGGCAACACGAAACUUUUCGGGAGCUAAAAGUGUGGCUAAUAAGAAGAAUGAUGGUGUGAAGAAAAGGAAGUCCAGUUCCAGUGUCCAGCUCAUGGAAUCAUCUGAAAGCACUAACACUACUAUUGAGGAUGAGGAUACCAGAGUGAGGAAGCAAGAGAUAAUUAAGGUGACAGAGCAAUUGAUUGAAGCAAUCAGCAAUGGAGACUUUGAGAGCUACACGAAGAUGUGUGAUCCUAGUGUUACAGCCUUCGAACCAGAAGCCCUUGGGAACUUGGUGGAGGGACUGGACUUCCAUCGAUUUUACUUUGAGAACUUGUGGUCUAAAAACAGUAAGCCCGUUCACACCACAAUCCUAAAUCCUCACAUCCACCUCAUUGGCGAGGAGGCUGCCUGCAUUGCCUAUAUCCGCAUCACCCAGUACAUAGACAACAACGGCAUGCCCCGCACCGCCCAGUCUGAAGAGACCCGCAUCUGGCAUCGCCGAGACGGCAAGUGGCAGAUUGUGCACUUUCACCGCUCCGGUGCGCCUUCUGCCAUAGCUAACUGAAGCUGAUUGGAAAAGCGAGCUUUAAAACGUUCCUGCUUGAAGCCUGCGAUCAGCUUUCCAUGGGGAUAAUGUCGGAUGUCGGAUCACGAGGGAAAGGAAACCCUUCGCAUUUCACAUCUUACUUGAAACCUGUUUACACUUCCACUGAUUCAACAUGAAUGGUAUUAUAAAAACACAUCAUUUAUAUGUGUAUAUAUAUCAUGCUGUAUAUAUACAUAUCUUUUUUUUAGGCUUUGGUUUAUCAUUUCUUUGUAGAAGCCCAAUCAACGCUUUCACAAACAACACAUUUAUAUAACAUUAUUAGUAUUGAGAACUUUAUGUUGGCUUACCAUUUUCAAAAAUUAAUAACUAACAUCACAUUUGGCUUAUGUAAACUUUAAACACUAGUUUUAACUUACAGUUAUUGUAACCCACCUGCUCCUUGAUCAUAUUUGAACUUACUGUAAUUCCUGCUCAUCAGCAAAGUGAGGUCUCUUCCAUAUUUCUGAGAGCAGAGCUAGGAUAACAUCAAAUGGAUUCAGCUACCAUUUUUCUAAAAACAUGAAACGUAUCCCUCAUACUGGAUUGAAUGGCAAGCCUGAACUUUAGUUAAAAAGUAGGGUGGAUUACAAAAUGUUUUGUUCUCUGUUUGAGAUAAGCAGGCAACAACAAUGACUGUGCUUACAGUGAUGAGUUGGACCAUUCUGUAAGUGUCUCUUGUCAGAGAGUGUAAGACUUGAAAUUUGCCCCGAGUUGGAAAAGUAGGGUAAGUUAAAGUUUGCUGUGUGCUUUUGCAUUUCUUUCAUUCUAAACACAUCUACUGUUAAAGAAACGGUCACCCCACAACUUUUGUGUUUCAUAAAGACCCUAUGCAGAAGUACAAACCUUUUUAAAUAGCUUCACCACAGUCAAUUUAAUAUGAUAAUCAUACUUAAGGAUUGAAUCUUUGUGUACAUGAAAAACUUAUAAAGCACUCAGUGAGUGGAUUUGCAAGUUAGGGCCUUUUGUUUUGAAUCUAUCCCUUUUUUUGAACAACCAAAAUGAGAGACUGUUCCGUGCUUUAGUGACUUCUCCUCUAAGAAUGGUAAAACCAGGAAAGAAUCUUUAAAUUUUUAGCCUUUUAUAAUAGUUCAUUGUCUGAAAAAAACUAAACAUUUUUCACUGAUUUGUAGAGUCAUAGAGACAGUUAUCUGCUUGUUUUUUAAGAAAAUAAAUUUUACACAUGCUGUAUAGGAACUAGAAGCAGGGAGUAGAUAUGGAAUACUGAGUAAAAGGAAUGUUCAAAAUUACAUUUUACAUACCCUUGGUGUCAUUGUUUGGCUUGCAAAUUAGCUCAUAGCAGUAAUAUUAUUUGGAAUAUGAAUGUCACUGAUUUUGUUUGCCAAAAUAAGAUGGCCUAAAGGUUGUUCAUGUAAAAGGAAUAAUAACUGUAAAUAUGGCAUCAUAUAUUAGUGUAAGCAAAAUUAUAAAUGCUUGGCCAGUUCAGAUAUAAUAGUUUAUUAUAUUGAAACGAUUUGGGUUUUGUUAUGUUUUGCUGCUUUUAUUCGUUUCAGUUUGCCAAAGCAGGUCUGACUGACAUGCCUUUCAUACAAAAUGAAUAAUGACUGUACUUAUAGCAUCAAAAAUUAUAUCACCUUUAUCACAAUCAGGAAUAACUGACUUCUGACAUUGUUGAAAUAAUUUGAACUUUGUCAUACUUUCCUGAUUUCUUUCCAGCAAGAUCAAACUGCAAAUACAGGUGUAUUAUCAUAUCUCUAUUCUAGGCCUAAAAUGCAGUUUUCUUGUUAAUUUCUUAACUGCAUUUACUUUUCUUGUCCAAAAGCAUUUUAUUAAAGUUACACACUUAUUAGGAAAUGUUAUAUCGAUAUAUACUGUAUAUAUAUCCGUGAACCUGAAAGAAAAUUAUUUAACCAGAUAAUAUGACAAUAUAACACAAUAAAUCGUUUUUUUCAAUGCUUAAUAAUUGAAGAUAAUUGCAAGGUAAUUUGCAAAUAGAAAAUAAAUAGUUUGUAAUUGAUUUUUCCUAAAUACACUAAACCAUGAAAUACGCUCCAGUAAUCUUUUGCAGGGUGUAUACCACAACCUGCUUUGCAGACGUACAGUAUAUCUGAGAAAAAAGAAACUGACAAUACUAAAAAUUAAAGUUUAAAGUCCAAGUCUUUCGUAGUAAGAAGGAAUAACUUUUUACAGCAUUGCACAGAAUAAUUAAUUAAUCAGGUAUGGUCAAAGUAGAUUAGUUUGACAUUUAUUGUAUUUUACGCACUUUGGUAUUGUUCUUCCAUUGAAGAUGACAGCUAAUAAAUAUUUUCCUGCAAAUAUAGCACACUGCUAUGAAACGUAUUGAUUAGAUAUUGUGUGCGAUGAUCCCUAUACUCAUGCAGGUAGUUGUUAUAUAUAGUAGUGAUUGUGAAUAUGUGAGUAGUAUAUUGCAAGAGGUAAAAAAAGUGAUAAGCAAUUUUUAAAAGUCAGUAAUAACACAAUGGACUUCUUUUGCAAUAAACAGCUUAGUGUUUUUAUAUGGAACUAUUUAUCUAGGAUCAGCUUGGAUAAUCAAGUGGCACAGAUAUUUAAAAUUCCCUUGUUUAUUAUUACUGCUGUUGAUAUUAUGUUGUAGUUUUCUAAUUAGAACCACAAAAUGAAUAGUUACAACAAGCAUUCAAAAUUAUUUAAAGAAGAGAGUAGUUACAAAAUCUACAUAUUUAUAUAUUUCAUUAUGAAAAUAAUAUAGUAAUGAAAUAAAACAUCUCAGCAUAUAAAAAAGCAUUGUAGUAUCUACACUUUAGCUUUAUGAGAAUUUGGGCACAUUUGGAAAGCUUUUGAGAAAUUCUAAGAUUGUACAUAUGUCAAAUCAUUUGAUCACAAUGUCUUCAUUAUGUAUGGAUUUAUCAGGGAGAUAUAGGUAUUCAGGUUAUUAUCUAACCUCAAAACACACUCAUACUUCUCUAUUAUUCCAGGUGGUAAAAAGAUUUUCUAAUACUUAGUGAUGUUUGCUUAGGUAUAGGAUGACUAUGACAUCACACACCUACUGUAUAAAAAUGCCACAGUUAACAAUGCUUACAAUGUUAUCCAGCUGUUAUGUCAUUUCAUGGUCAGAUGUGGACAUCUCUUCCAUUACACACUUAACAUGUUGGCUGAAUAAGGCAAUUUGUCAGUGUAAGUCUUAUACAGCACAUCCUUAAAGGAUGUCUUUGAAAAAAAAAAAGAAACCAUUAUGCUGCUUAUCCUGCUUUAAUAGUGGAAAGCUUCUUUAAAAUAUUCUCCAUAUUCACAAGAUUAAUUCUGAGUAAAUAAGCUAUAAGAAACAGUUUUCCUUUUUAGAAUGUGUUGUACAUUUUCCCAUUUAUACUGGAGCUUAGGUUCUGAAGAAUAAGAAACAAAUCUAUUUGAUCUAAUGUUGGAUCGUGUUUAGCAGAUGUGGAUAUUUUAUGAAUUAGUAUACAGACUGUAUAUUUGUUUCUAAACAGUUUUAAUGUGACAAUGGAUAACACAGCUUUAAUAUCAGAACUUCCAGCAGAACUGCUUCCUGCAGUUCUGCUUUCUUGUGCAAGUAUCUUCCAUAUAUUUGGAGAUUUUUAGGAUUUUAACAAGGAAGAAGGGACUAGAACUCCAGGGUCAACAGACCAGAGCCCUUAAAUGCUCUUGGUCCCUUCAUAAAGAGCAACAGUUCGAAUAAUAUGAUUAGUCUCAAAUGCAAAGCUCUAGUGUUUCCAUUAAAGCAUGCAGUUUUAGUAUUAAUGUGAGUGUUUGUGUAGUUUCUUUUUUUUAAAUUUGUUUUAAAUUUAAAGUCAGCCAAAAUUGUUACACAGUACAUAUUGAUAUACAAUGUUUGGAGAAAAUGUAAUCAACUGCCAAAUGAUUUUUCCUAUAAGCAUACCUUUAAAGAUUUUUAGAGCUAGCUAUUUAUAAGCCUUCUUUAGGGGACAGUGGACCUGUUAUUAUAAGAACAACUGUAUUUUUUGCAGCAUGACUUGCUUGACUUUAAAUUUGUUGUAUUUGUCAAUAUUGUUUUUCUAUAAUAAUAAAAACACUGCUGCUAAUAGGUCCUUGAAAAGGUAGGAAAUCCAUGAAUGGAAACUGAACUUUAGGAACUGUUGAUAUUGUCAGAUUAUUUUGUUUUCCAGAUUUUAUGUUUGCUGCUUAAUGUGUAGUCACAUAUUAAACUAUAUGUAAGGUACAGCUACAUAGGAUUCAGUUUUCAACUGAUAUCCAUAAAACACAGAUCUUGCACUCCUUAACAUUAUCAGAUGCACUGAGAAACAUUGAUGAAACUGUACCACAACAUGCUUAUCAAAUGUGAAGAAGGGAAAGUUUGAUUCAAUGCAAAAUGCAGUUAUUAUUCAUAAGAUACAGUAAUUUAUCUCCCAGGUUCAGUAUGUAAAGGCUUGCAGAAAAUCUGGGCUGUAAAGCAAUUGAUAUGAUUUCCAGUCAGAGGAAAUUCAAACUUUUUAUAUAUUUAUAUAAGUAACCGCCCUGUUUAUGCAAUAACCAAACAUUAUAAAAGGAAGAUGAGCCAAAGUGAUAUAAUCUAGCAUUUUAUAUUUCUUGUAGAAAGACCUUGUCCUCAUACUUUGAAAAUUUUAUUUGAACAUACCGUCAUUUUCAAAGAUUCAUUUCUCAACAAUAAAAAAGGUACGAAAGUACUGAAUAUAGAGGGAAAGCCAGUUAUCGAAACUUCAUACUUUGGUAAAAAUGCAUGAACAAAGAAGUGUGCUGUUUUUUUACUAGAUAGUAGCACACAACAAGAAACAGUGAUUCUGACCGAAUUAAAACGGAAAUUAAUAUUUUUGGUUCCACGCGGUAUAGAUUGUAAACGCCUCAAAAAGAUAAUUAAUUUUCAACAAAUAAACAGUUAUGAAGCUUUUUGUAUCGUUCAGUUUGUAAGACAAACACGCCUCCAUACCUGUUUGCUGUAUUUUCCUUCUCCCAAUCCUAGACCUGUUGUUGUGUGCAACGUGCGCCCCCUCUUGAAAAUUGGGAGCUCUUCGGUUUCCAUUUCUGCAUUUCCGUUUUAGCUUCGGAAUCUAAUACACACAUUUUAAUUUCUAGAUGUCUGGAAACAGGUCCAUUAUACCCUUAAUAUAUUAAACACGAGAAGGCAUGUUUUGUCUAUUUGUUUGUUUACAAGGGUUAUUUUGAUGGAUUGUGUCUAUUUUGUAAUUUUUAAAAAAAUAUUUAUGCCUGCCUCUUGUUAAACUGUAAUAUAAGAAGUGCUAUUAUAUGAUGGAUAUCGAAGAAAACGAGACUAUAAGGAGAGUUUGUGUGGCUUUGCACACCCUGAGUAAAACUACAUUAAUAGGAGUGAUGAAUUUUUGUUUCUAGAACAUGCAAAAUAAAAUGUUAUCUCAAAUAUUUUUGAUUAAAAGCUUCUGUGUUCUUCUGUCCUAGUAAAAGUACUCAUUCCAAUAAUUUCUCCUUCAUGAAUUUUGAACAAAAUUAAUAUUUAAAACCAGAACAAUAAUCAUCAAUGGGCAUCAGCUUCAAAUUGAUAAAUUUAUAAAAAAAUUGUUUUCUUUUGACACAAAAAAGCACAACAAAAAAGAUAGGAAAGAAAACAAAACGCUUGUUAUAGUUUGUUAAAUAUUAUCAGCCAAACAAGCCAUUGUGUUAGAGCAUAUAAGAAUGUAACAUUUAUAAGUGCCCUAGUAGACACAUAAGAACUCUAUGAUGGUGCCAUUUUCUAUGUAUUUUGUUAUCCGUGGUAAAAAAAAACAAAACAAAGAGUAGAGUAAAUUUUACAAUAAUCUGAUUUUUAUAUUUAAUAACAUAUAUUCAAUUAAAUAACUAUUAGUACUGCAAAGACAAUUUGUUUUACUCCUUGGAUUUCAAGUUUUACUCCAUGUGUAGCAAACCACUGUUUACUAGUUAUACAAUGUCAUAGAACACAUCAAAAGGGAAAAAGGACCUGGGAUCUGGAUUUGCAUCAGUUGUAUUUGUACUUUCUUGUGAAUUUGAAUGACUGCCUUAUGUAUAUUUUUUGUAGGUGACUUUGAUAUUAUUGUAAACUAUUGUAUCACUGCAGAAUGAUGGUGGUUUAAAUUAAAACAAAUUAUUGUUUUUCUUCUGUUCUGUUUUUCUUUUAAUGAAUGUUUGUAGGUUCUGCUGAAAAGAUCACUGCCAAGAUAUACAGUAAUAUUCCGUGGUGUUGCACAAUUAAAGCAGUAUUUGCCAGUUG